GAAAUCAGUACAUUUAUUAGGAAUGCCAUGAAGACAUAACCUCAGAGGGUUGGCUCGUGGCUCGACUCAUGGGUGACAUCGUGGGGUAUAUCCAUUCUAUGGAGGGGCUCAUACCAGUUAAGACUUUUCAGAAGUGGGUGUACAAGAUUAUCGUGAGUAACAUCACGGGCAUGAAAGUUCGUGUAACUUUCUGGCGAGACCUGGCAGUUGACUAUAGCAAGAAGUUGCAGAUGUGUCAGAUAGUUGAGAUUACAGGCUGUACAGGGGGAGAAGUUAAAUUCCAAUUUGACCCUGAAUUGAAAGGAGUCAUUGCUCCUAUGGAACUUCACGUCCAAGCCCUCUCGACUGUCAAGAUUUUGGGCCACUUCGAUAUCGCUACCGCGAGUCCAGGACAGCAGCUUACUUGGGAACCAGUCUCGACAGCUGAUUGUUUGUCAUUCAAAGACAAACCAAUUACUGUGUCAGGUUACUUGAAAACUGAGUUUAUUGUAUUCAAAACGACCUCUGGCAUUCCACUUGCACACGGUAAUCUCGCUGAUGGAUCCUAUCCUCUGUGUAUUCAAAUUGAUGGUUACAAACCUGUUACUCCAUUGGAGAAGGGCUCCUUUGUCAUAUUUAAUGGCAAAAUUGAGAAGUCGAAACCAGGAUCUUUUUUUCUGAGAGUUGAUGGGAUGAAAAAUGUCGUUGUGGACAAUAACCGUCCAAAAUUGUCUCUAAAACAAUUAAAAUCGGCAAUCUAUCCACCAAAAAAGCUCGGACCAGAGGUGGAAGAAGUGUCCAGUCAGAAGAGAUACCAAGAGGAUGAAGAGAAGGAGAAUUCUUAUGACAACGAGGGUGGGAAGAAGAUGAAAACAGACUGAGCUUCAUUCAGAAGCUUUCCGAUUGAUGAUCGAUGGCGCUGAUUUCUCCUUUCUUUUUGUUAAUUUUUCGUAAGGCAUCAACCACGUUUCUCCAGUUGUUUUUGAUACCAAUAAUUUCUUGGUGUCAGUGAGUACACUAUAAUCUUUAUUGCUCGAAUUGAAAACUUCUUGAGACGCUGGAUAAUUCAUACUAUUCGACAAAAUAAUUUCAGAAUUCUUGAAAAUAAUGUAGGCAUGACAGCUGUGAUGAACUUUUCUCCAUUUUUUUUUUGAUUGAAAAAGUUUGUGUACAGUAUGACUGUACUUCAUUGGUACUUGCUCAACUGGUGAAUAUUCUUCCAGUCCCGUCUCCUGGUCAGGAGUCAACUCAAUAUGUGACAUGUUAAUUGCAAGGCUGAUGAAAACAGUAUUUUUUUUAUCUCAAAGUUAGGAUUUUGCAUUUCACUGACUG